GCGGGCGUGCCCUGGACCACCUACCUGAAGAUGUUCACCGCCAGCCUCCUGGCCAUGUUCGCGGGGUCCCAAGUGGUGCACAGGUACUACCUGCCGGACCUGACAAUACCUGAAAUCCCACCAAAGCCUGGAGAACUCAAAACGGAGCUUUUGGGACUGAAAGAGAGGCAACACAACCCUCAAACUUCUCAGCAGUAGAAACCUCAAAAUACAACUCUGCCAAGAACUCUGUGAAUAAUGUCUUAAAUAUAUAUUUUUAAAAUUGA